AAUGACUAUCACAUGCAAAUUAUCGCGCAUCCCUAAGACAAAUCAUACAAAUUUUAACCCAUUUUUGACCGCAACCUGGCAACCUACAACUCGGUUGCGCUGUUGAUAUCUAUGCAGGUACGGGGGAAGUUGAAUAACUACGUAUUUGCUUCUGGAUUGUGGGUCAAUGGUGCUGACAUAUUAGUGUUGGCAAAGUUUUCGUUAAUAUCAUAACAACUGGAAGUAAAUUGCCACAGUGGCUCCGUCAAGUGCAAUUUGGAGGUGUACCUCAAAAAGAGUCUCGGGAAUUACCUUUCACAAGUAAGACUAAACAGUGGUUUCUGGUUGUGUUAGGAAAGUGUAACAUUAUUUUAAGGUUUUGCAACUGGAGGCAGCCUAUUAAUUGGCAGCAGAGAGAGUUCAUUCACAAGUAUUUCUUCAAAAUCAAGAACUGUCAGAAGGGUAAUGUAUUUCGGUGACUCAGUAGGAAGUCAGAUCUACUGAGGGGCGUGGUUAAUCUGAGAAGAAGAAAAAAGAUUAGAUAAUAUGUGUGUAAAUUUGGUCUGUUUGAAAGAAAAACAAGAGGCCACUUGGACACCAUAAGAACAACUGAUGAUGGAAGAAGAAUCAUCAUUGAGUUCAGAGAGCAGUUCAGAAUCGGACUAUAGUGAGAAUGAAAGAAAGAAAGCAGAACAACAUAGAAAACGGAAAAUGACAACACAAAGAUAUUCUAGGCAGUCUUUAGAAAAACUGAUAGAAGAGACAUCUCUGCUUCCUGUCACAUGCGGGGAUAAAGAAGGUUCCUUGUUUAUUGAGAAAUUUUAUAACAGAGAGAAAUGCAUCUUAAGUGAAGAUCAGUGGUUUAAGCCCAGUGAAUUUGAGAAGUUUGGAGGGAAGGAGAAAAGCAAAAAGUGGAAGACCAGCAUCCUUUGCUGUGGAAUUCCACUCCAGAAUCUAAUAGAUGAUAAAUUUAUUUCAUGCCCAGACUUUAAGAAAAGCAGAAUUCAACAUGACGAGAGUGAAUCUCGUGAAAGCUCACCUGUCACUGUCAGGCUCAGAAGAACAAAGAGAAACUCUUCUGAAUCCUCACAUGAUUCUGGCACGCACAGAAGAACAAAGGCUAGGAAAAAGCUGGUUUCCUCCAGCUCUGAAUCAGAAGAAAGUGUCCACUAUGAGAACAAUGAUGACAACAUCAACAACAACAGUGAUGAUGAUGAUGAUGAUGACAUUAACAUUACCAUGUUUCAAGGUCCAACCCUACCUGUUACCUGCGGCUCUGUCACUGGCAUUCUACACAAAAAACGCUUUGCUAAAGGACACUGUGGGAAAUGCAUAAGGACUGAGGAUUUAUGGCUAACACCUGAGGAUUUCCUCAGACUGGGCAAACAAGAUGGGAUAUGGAAGAAAGACAUUGUGGCUCAUGAAACAACGCUUGGAAAACUUAUCUUGAGAAGAGUUUUGGAACCUGAUGCUGUUAGCUGUGAUUGUGAUGUCUGUCAAGAACUCAAUCAAACCAAUGAUGACGACUGUUACAUCUGUGACUCUGACGAAGAGGUUGUGUGCUGUGAUGAGUGUCCACGAGCUUUUCAUCCACACUGUCACCUACCAGCUGCUGUGGACAUCGACUCUGGAGGCCAAUGGACCUGUACAUUUUGUGUGAUGAGAAAAAUGGAGGAAUCGAAUCAAAGGACACGACAGGAGGUUUUAAACAGUCCACUUUUUCAUUACAAACUGCACUGCCAGUAUUUGUUGUUAUAUCUGCUGCACGAGUGGACUGCUGCUGAGCCCUGCACCAAAGUUUCAGACAAUGAGAGUAAAUGUCAAGCAGAUGACAUCAAGCUGAAUUUACAGAAUGACAAUUACCAAACAGUGGAUGAGUUUGUCACAGAUAUUGAACACAUUUUUCAACACCGCACAUCAGAAGAGAAAAAUGAAUUCAGCAGAAUGGAGCAUUUGUUUAAGGAGGAGUUUAAGACCAUCUUUAAACUUAUAUAACAUUAUGCCUUAAAACACAUGACUGAUUUUAAAACUAAAAUAAAGCUGUGCAGAAAUGAAAGAAAUGAGCGUUACAGUCAGGACCUUUGCCCACCCUGGCCCCACACCACAAAACAAUUUAACUGGAAUAUUUUGACUGACAAAGGGCUGUGGACCACAUAUUACAGUGCAAUGUAUUAAAGUGGUACUCACCUGUUGAGUACCUUUGUGAUUACUUUGUGGAGAAGGUAGAUUAAUGAUAAACAGGUCUUAUUCAUGGAUGAAUCUGUUUAAGUGUAGAUCUUACCUUGAGACUCACUGUUACAUUGGUAGAUCAUUUCUGUCAGCUCAAAUUUAAUAAAAAUUAUAUUUUUUAUUUAAAUAUUAAUUAUAUUGUAUCCUGAUAUUUCAUUUAACUAACAAAUCAUUAUAGUGAAUUGACUUGCACUUUAAAAAAAGAUUUGAUGCCUUAAUUUGUUUUUUGUUUAAUUUACAAGUCAUUUUAACUUAUUAUUAUUUAUCUUGAUAAGAGAUAUCAAAUGAAGCUGACAUCAUAAGUAAAUGAUCAUCCAGCCCCAACCAAAAAAUGUAUCACUCCAGCUCACCAGAUGUGUCUUGUCCAUGAAAUCCUCCAUAUUCUCCUCCAGAGGCCGCCCAUCCUGGAAGAUGUUGAACAGCAGAAAGUCCUCCGGAGAAAUCAUGUUGUUGUUUGUAGUGAUGGGUAGGGGUGGGUGGAUCAAUCCUAAAGUAUUAAUACUUCAGAUACUAAGAUUGUAUCGAAAAGGAACGAUACUAAUGUGUUUUUUUAUUUUAUUUAUUCAUUUUUGUUUUUACUACUGUAGCUAAUAAUUGUGUAAUAUAGAAAGACGAUUUCCUACAGAUUGCUCCUGCCUGCUCUGCUUUGUUUCAUUGUCUUGUCAUCACGUGAUUCAGCGGCGCUGAAAUUUAUUUACGCACUUUAUUUACUUUUUCAAACAAUUGUUUGAAUG